ACAAAAAUCCAAUUGAAUUGGUUUUAUAAUUUAAAAGAUUUAUGAAUUUAUAAUAAUUUAUUUAAUUAAAAUUAGAGUUGAUUGUAGCAUAGAUCUGAUUUUUCAAACCAAGGAUUAAUAUGAGCAUUACUCUAUUGCAUGCGGAUCUAUAUUGUUUGGAUCACACUAUCAAUUCAACAGAAUUUUUUAAAAAAUUUAUAAUAUUUUAAUGGGACUAAGUUGAAUCGAUCCAACCACCUAAUUGGUGUCAACCACAGGUUGGAUUUAAAAAACAUAGAUGAUGAACUCCUAAACCCUAAACUAGUCCGGGAACAGUGUUAGUAAGUGUGGGGGAUUGGGAAUGCUUUUCAAGGAAUAAACCCUAAACUGAAACUAACUUUUGAUUCCCAAAAGGCUCCAACACAAACUCUUUGAACCAAUUAUCUAUAGUCUGAAUUCUGAACUACACUGGAAGGAACGCAUAGCUGUUAACCCAGCUGAGGAAGCAAACAGGAAAGGAACAAUGAAGAUUUUGAGUAGGAAACUGCUGCACCAAUUAUCCUUCAAACAAGCUAUCCGUCGCUGUACAUAUUCUACUGGGAAAGUCUCAGAUUUUGGACAACCUACUUCAGCAUCUCAUCCUCAGUCUGCAAAUAAUACAAGGCUUUGAUGGGUAAAAUGGCAAUUUGAUGCUGUCAGCUUCCUGGACAAAGAGAAGAAGGUUUUAAGUAUGCUUUAAGUUUAGUUUGGUUCUUGUUCUAAGGCAUUUUUUCUUCAUGUUUACCUCUCAGUUAAUGAAGGAAGGGGAGAUUACACCUGGUAUAGCUACCAAAGAAUACAUCUCUAGACGGAAAAGAUUGUUGGAACUUCUUCCUGAAAAUAGCUUGGCCAUCAUUGCUGCUGCCCCUGUAAAGAUGAUGACUGAUGUUGUGCCUUAUACAUUUCGACAAGAUGCUGAUUACUUGUAUCUUACUGGUUGCCAGCAACCUGGUGGGGUGGCAGUAUUAAGUCAUGAGUGUGGUUUAUGCAUGUUCAUGCCAGAACCAAAACCUCAUGAUGUUGUUUGGCAAGGACAAAUAGCAGGAGUUGAUGCAGCACUAGAGAUGUUCAAAGCUGAAGAAGCUUAUCCAGUGAGCAAAUUAGAUAAGAUCCUUCCAAAUAUGAUAAAAAGAUCUUCCAAAUUGUUCCACAACAAGCUGACGGCUACACCGACCUACACAGAUUUGGAAACCUUUCAAAAUGCAGCUCAUGUUGGGAAAGUGAGUGACCUUUCUAUUUUCACCCAUGAGCUACGAUGGGUAAAAUCUCCUUCUGAACUUAAGUUAAUGAAAGAAUCCGCAGCAAUUGCUUGUCAGGCUCUUUUGCAGACAAUGUUGCAUUCCAAAACAUAUCCUCAUGAGGGCAUGCUAUCAGCUAAGGUUGAAUAUGAAUGCAGAAUGAGAGGUGCUCAGAGAAUGGCAUUUAACCCUGUGGUUGGUGGUGGGCCUAAUGCUAGUGUUAUACAUUAUUCUCGAAAUGAUCAGAAAAUCAAAGAUGGGGAUCUAGUUUUGAUGGAUGUUGGAUGUGAGCUGCAUGGUUAUUGCAGUGAUCUUACUCGUACAUGGCCACCCUGUGGAAGCUUUUCUUCUAUACAAGAGGAGCUUUAUGAUCUCAUACUACAAACAAACAAGGAAUGUAUAAGGCUUUGCAGACCUGGUGCUAGCAUCCGUCAAAUACACAACUAUUCGGUUGAAUUGCUAUGCAAAGGACUGAAGGAAAUUGGGAUUCUGAAAAGGGAUGCAUUUAGAUUGUAUCACCAAUUGAACCCAACUUCUAUAGGUCACUAUCUAGGAAUGGAUGUCCAUGAUAGUUCCAUGAUCAGCUAUGACUGUCCUUUGAAGCCAGGAGUAGUUAUAACCAUUGAGCCUGGAAUCUAUGUCCCUUCUAGUUUUGAUGGUUCAGAGAGGUACCAAGGCACAGGCAUAAGGAUUGAGGAUGAAGUUUUGAUUACAGAGACCGGUUGUGAGGUCCUCACUGGAUCAAUGCCGAAAGAGAUCAAACACAUUGAAUCCUUGCUAAACAAUUACAGUUAUACAAAGGGUAUGGAGGCCGCAACAGUAUAAAAGCUGCAACCAGUUGAUUCUUCCUUGAAAAUUGUUGGGCACAGAUCACCACCUGUCAGAAAAGGAGAUCAUUUCUAAGCCUGUGUAUAUUUUGAACCCGAGACACAAUAUCGUUUUGCAUAUUAUUCCAGUUUUCCUGCAGAACUGGCCGGUCAUGCGUGCAUCUAUUUAUACCCAAACUCUUGUCAAUGAGAGUGCUCCAUGUUCUCCAUUUUGUGCUCAAUAUUUCCAGUAAACAAGGGCUAUCAGCCAAUUCUUUUCACCUUUGAUCUGCAACUUUGUCAACAUCUACUAAUGGUUUUAUAUCGACGGUCAAUGAAAUUACCUGUAUUCAUGGGAAAUAGAUCCCUCUUUUGAAUAAUACUAGCUUUCAAAGGUUAAGCUCUUCAUUUACUUAGCAUAGUUCCGGCUCUGGGUGAGGAGAAUGAUGACACUACUACAAAGUUGUAUUACUGUGAUCAUCAAUGACCUGCUUGUACAAAGCUAAGACACAACUUUCCCCGUGGCAGAGCAAAAUAUUAGGGAUUGCUGCUUCCACCAUUUGAGUAAAUUCUUUGUAUGAUAAUGUUUUUCACCUGCUGCUGUGCUUUGGGAUGGUGAAAUGAUGAUACAAGGACGUACAGGCUGAUCAUGUCAUUUUCAAUUUUCUUUGUUUUAAUAUCAACAAACGAAGUGGGUAAAAUAUGUAUUAGCAGUGAAAGUUUACUGAAUGGGGUAAAUGUUUGGUCUUUAGGAGCUCCCACAAGUUUUUAUGGUUCAUGGUUCAUGUUUAUGACGCGAUAUGUUACUUAAAAAACUGGAAUCCCCAUCCCACGUAAUUCACACUUGGCGUAUUUCCUUGACAAAAAUCCUUUUUUAUCCUCCUAAUUUCUGCAGGAAGUUUCCAUGUGUAUCUUAUAUUUUCAUUAAUACCUAAGAAAGCUACUAGCUACGCAGAAUCUAAUGCCCCUUUCUGUUCACCUAAAUUACUCUCGGCUGUACCAGUUAGUUCACCUAAGCACUGCCACCUAAACCAGCAAUAAGCAGCAGUCUGCCAGAAUGGACCAGCCGUUAUUUAUGGCUUUACCCCAAAGCCCAGCCUUAAUUUGAACAGGUCAUUUUGGAGGCCAUGCAUGCCUGCCACUUGCCAUAAUGGCAUUAUCGAAAUAUUCUCCUACCACAAGGGUGGAUAAAUAGCUUGACAACUAUAUCAACGCCCAUCGUCUUUUGCCCCUUACUCAGCCAUUAAGCAUCUUCUCUAACAAGACAAGUAUACACCAGUUUCAGGUUACAGAGAGGAGAAAAAAGAUGUCUUUGGUGACAGAAGAGAUCAAAGCCAGUGCUUCAGAAGUAUACCAUGGAGAUGAGAUCUGUCAAGUGAAAUCCAAGUCUUUGCUGGAGGAGAUGGGCAUGCCCAGAGGGCUUUUGCCCUUGAAAGACAUUGAAGAAUGUGGAUAUGUGAAGGAGACAGGGUUCGUGUGGCUUAAACAGAAGAAGAGCAUAACCCACAAG